ACGGGCGCAAAGAUCCACGCCAAGCGUCGCGGCCACAGUUGUUUCAUUUGUGUUUGAGAGCGUAGCGCAGCAGAGCAACAAGCCAAACGAUGAUUCGCUUCUUCCUUUUGCAGAACCGCCAGGGCAAGACGCGCCUGAGCAAGUGGUACGUGCCACCGCCGCCGGACCUCGAGAAGCCGCGCCUCGAGUCUGAGAUUCAUCGGCUCGUGGUCGCGCGCGACGCCAAGCACACCAACUUUAUCGAGUUCCGCUCGUACAAGCUCAUCUACCGACGCUACGCAGGCCUCUUCUUCAUUCUCGGCGUCGACUUGCACGCGAACGAGCUCCUGUGCCUCGAGACGAUCCAUCUCUUUGUCGAGCUCCUCGACCAGCAGUUCCAGAACGUCUGCGAGCUCGACAUCGUCUUCAACUUCAACAAGGUCUACUCGAUGCUCGAUGAGUAUAUCCUUGGCGGCGAAGUCCAAGAAACAAGCAAGCGCGAGAUGCUCGACCGCAUCCGCGAGCUCGAGAAGCUCGAGUAGUCAUUAAGGAAGACCUACAAUGAUCCUUGUGUAUCACUACCAAUGCUACCAACGUUGUCAAUCAACCCGGGCGGGG